CCAUUUUUUUCACCGAUAGACAUUUAUGCAGAAGUCACACUUAUCAAAGCUAGUUGUUAGCUUUUACGUUACUGUAGCUGUUGUCAGGUUACUCCUGAGGAUAAGCAAUUUGCAAGCAACUGGUAGCAUUUCCGAGGGAUAACAAAAUGCUGUGGAUGUAUUUGUGUUUGAGUGUUGUCAUCGACAUUGCUGUGUCCCAGGAGGUUGAAGAACCUGUCACAUACACGUGCACCGAUGGCUAUGAGUUUGAUGUUGAACGACAAGAAUGCAAAGACAUCAACGAGUGCGUGACAGUGCCUGACGCCUGCAAAGGUGGCAUGAGAUGCAUCAACCACUUUGGUGGGUACUUCUGCCUGCCCCAGAAUGCCCAGAUCAUCGUCAGCAAUGGAGAGGAUGAUCCUGCGGCUGCGAUGGAUGACGUGCGCGACCUGCCGUCGCCUCCUGUGGAGGCUCCAGCCUUACCAAUUCAGAGGGUCAUACCGAUUGGUAGCGGAAGCCGAGGGGGCACUGGAUACAGUGUUGGAGCCGGCGCUGCUCUCUCUCCACCAGUGCAAUGUUCUAUGGGCUUCACGGCUGAUGAGACCAAUUACUGCAGAGAUGUCAACGAGUGUGAGGAUAGCAAUCCAUGCCAGCACCAGUGCUACAAUAUCAUGGGCUCCUUUAUCUGCCAGUGUGAACAAGGCUAUGAGUUAGUGUCAGACCAAGUAUCAUGUCAAGAUAUCGAUGAGUGUGCUUUCUCCAGCUACAUGUGCCAGUGGCAGUGUGUAAACCAGCCUGGAGGGUAUAUCUGUGCCUGUCCUGAUGGAUACCAGCUCCAAGGCACCCGAGUAUGCCAAGACAUAAACGAGUGUGAUACAGGACAUAACUGCAGAGAAGAUGAGAUGUGCUGGAACUACUUUGGAGGCUUCCGGUGCUACCCUAGAAACCCCUGCCAUGAACCUUACAUGCAGACGGGAGAAGGUCGUUGCAGCUGCCAGUCACCAUCCAUCUGCCGAGGACUUCCACCAUCCAUUGUGUACAAAUACAUGAGCAUCACCUCAGAGCGCUCCGUGCCAGCAGACAUCUUCCAGAUCCAGGCCACCAGCGUCUACCCCAACAUGCACAAUACCUUCAGGAUCAAAUCUGGCAACGAGGGAGGAGAAUUCUUCCUCAGGCGCUCCAACAACGUCAGUGCCAUGCUAGUGAUGACAAAGCCUCUGACUGCUCCAAGGGAGCACGUUGUAGAUCUGGAGAUGGUCACCCAGAACAACGUGCUUAACUACCGCUCCAGUUCUCUACUGCGGCUUACCAUCAUCGUUGGACCCUAUGCUUUCUAAGACGUUUUCAGUAUUCAUUAAGUAGCCUACUGAUAUGUCAGCUUACUCUACAGAUCAAGAUCAAAAUAGAAAGGGCUGAAUCUCAAUAAAAUCACCUUAUCAUGACUAAAUUAUUAGAGCACAGCUAAAUAAUUGUAAAACAAUCUUUUGUAUUGCUUUUUCUUAGCUUUCUAAAGAUAUCAAUGUUGAUAAACCUUUUGAUUUACUAUUAAUUGGCGAAUUAUCUGUUUGUAUUUUCCAACAGAACACUUACAGUGUAACCAAACACAGAAACAUAUUUUUUUAUAGCAACCCCUAUUAACCCCUAAUACUUACACAAGGAUAAACUCAUCAUUCCUGGUCUUGAUUCUGAUUUACCUUUGUAAAAGUGUUAUUUUUUUGAUUUGUUGGAAAAUUCGGGCUCUUUUUGCCCCUUGUGGUUAAAAACGUUAGAAGAAUUGUGUGAUGUAUGACUACUUUUUGGAGAUACUCUGACGUAUCACAGGGAGGCGUAUGGCUACCAUAAGAUGUUCUAGCGGGUAACACCUGUAAGCUAAUGCAAAAUACAGGUGAUUGUGCAGCAAUAAUGUGGGAGUUUGAGAAUAAUAGUCUGCUAAGUGCUUUUUGUAGAUUUACCAAAUAAUCUUUUACAAAUUUGUCAACAUUUAUUAGAAUGGGUAAUUGUACAUGUGUGUUCAGUGUUGUAGAUUUAGGCAUCUCUAAAAACAAUGAAGUGUCUCAAGUGUUGGCAAUAUUGUGCUUGGUUCCACAACCCCCCCCCCCACACACACAUAAAUGGUUACCUCUGAGCCAAGAGUGAUGACGUGGGUAAACUAGAGGUUUAGCCAAUCCAAUUCUAAUCUCCUUUUGGACCAAGGUCUGUAUUUAGAUUUUGGAUGGGUAAAUGCUGGGCUGAGACGUGUUAGAUGUGUAAGUGCUGGGGCCAUAGUUGAGUCUCUGCAGGCCCAAAGCUCGGGCUUGUAUCUAGUAGAGAUAUCAUACAUGUCUGUUCAUACUUCUUAACUUCUUGACCCUUGAGGUAACCUAUGUGAGCAUGUUUUCAUUUGAACUGUCCUAUGUGUACAUUUGCUUUGAUGGAUUAUCUGAGUUGAAAUCGGGUGAUAUUUGUACUUGAAAUUUGUGUUUUUGCUUGAAGUGAAAACCAACACACGUGUACAGAAAAUACUAGAGUAGGGAUUUGAUUUAGCACAUCACUGACUAACGAUAACAUUACAAAAAUAAAUGUUCUUUAAGUAGUCAAUUUGGUUUAGUUUUUUCUUGUUUUUGGCUCUGUUUGAGAAUUGUGAAAUGCUUGAGAUGUGAAGUUUCAAAGUAAUAAAAAAAUUGAAUGUUUUUGAAUCCAUUCGAGUGUUGCUCAGCAACUUCUGUCCAAUGGGAAUAAAGCAGUCAUGCCUCGA